AAACGUCUUAAGGGCCUAACCAAUGAGAAUAGUCUUGUGGAAGGGUGAACACUACAAGAUGGUCCAUUCGUUUUAGCCACCGGACAUCAAUGAGACGGAGGAGCUAUGUUACCCCUACUGCAAUAUUCCAGCCAUUGACGUCAAUUUUGAUAGGCGAAGCGGCCGUGACGAAUAACAGCUCAAUUAGAUGCACACGAAUUUUACACAGACUCUUGAUCAUCGUCAAAAGAAUACAAAGGAAUACACGUCAAAAUGUCAAAAUGUCCAGUGGGAACGAUAGAUAAAUGCGGAGAACUCACUGAUUGUAUAGCAUACCGUCAGGACCGCACAAAACGGGAUAGCUAGACGCGAGGGACCACGACAUAGUCGGACCCCUUGUUGUGUGAUCAGCAUAGCAGCCUCCGUCACAGCGUAUAAUGAUCCAUAACCGAAUUGACUGCGACGAAUGGUACAGCGGAGCAAGAUAUGGCCGAGGAGACCAAGAAAGUUCCGUCACAGGUUCAUCGCAGCAAAAGUAAAUGCUAGAAAUGACAGCAGGAAAUACGAUGGUCCCUGGGGAACACUGGCAUGCAAUGCUUGCUGUAUCCUCGGAGAUAAUAUUUGCUGCCUUGGGAGGAAUACGGCGCGCGCGACAUUCUCCGUACAAUUAUAGUAGCCGUUGCACCAAACAAACCAGUCACGUAUGUUGUAAAAGGGAAAGUGGUGGUGCAACCGAACGUUUGGAGGGCGCGCGCGCGAACAGUAUAGGAACCGUGCUAUGCGCAAUCUUUGUUCAUGAAAAAUCCAAACGGAGGACGAGGAUAUGCAAAAUGGCGAGUUGCCAGGGAUUACCGGGUUGGUAUCAAUGUUCAGGCGCUUGUACUUUGGGUUUAGUGUCAGGACUCAGGACUGCAAUGUUGAACAGGACGAGCGCUUGAUACACCGUAUUGAUGGUUUUCGCUAAAGGGGAAAGCGCUCGUUGAUUCCCAUCUUUCAGCUAUCCAUGUCAAGGCUUGCUUCAGGUCGUUUUCCGCGAUGAGCGGCCCAGUCAAGAACUAGACUUGAAGAAACUCUUCCAAACUGUUAUUCGACGGCAAUCAGAACUUGCAAUUGGCCUUGAAGAGAUUCUGAAGGGCUCUUAGAAGGCGCCGUCGUCAUAUGGUAUAUACGUCG